UCAGGAUAGACAUCAUAUAUGGAGUAAUUGUAUAUGCGCAAUGUUGAAGGAUAUAGCCUUAGAAUGUUUGCAUUAAUGACAUUUGGAMUAAGGUUCGUCACUUGAGUGUAUUAGCCACUAUCGACUUUUGUGGAAGCCAUCUAAAUGGGAGAAUACCUGAAGAACUGACUCGAAAUUGUUGUCGAGAAAAUGUGGAUAAAACGGUGUAUUGCACGCAGUCAGAUGUCGGCUUUACGGCCGGGGAGCUGUGUAGGGCUUCGGGUGUGGAUCCUCUUGGCCAUGACCCACCUCACCCUGGAUUUUUCCCUGUGUAGCCCCCUCAGUCAGGGCCUAGGAAUCAAGCUCAUCCACAAACCUGUGCCUCGUCCCCGGCCCCGCUCGGCGCCCCUCUGGGAUACUCCCAACAUGCUCUAUUGGAGGACAGUGAGGCCGCUGGCGCGUCGGCUCCUCAACCCCGUCCCACCGCCAGACAAUAUGGGAGGGCCAGGGCCAAAGUUCAGGGGUCAAAAGCACAGGAGACUGGCACAUAAAGGACAGCCAUGUAAGGAGUGCCGGUUGAAAUACACAUCCACCGAGGUGGGGGAUUUGGCAGCGGUGCUAGAUCUUCCCAUGGGGCACAAAACAGACGUGGUGAGGUUGUUACUGAGGGCGAGGAGGCAGCUGAAAUGGGACAGCGAUGACAAAUCUCAGGACGGCAGGACCACGACGGUGGCCGGAUAUAUCGACUGGGGACCCACAGGGACGGAGGACAACUUUGACGAUGGUGAGGGGAAAACGGCGGCCAACUCCACGCUGUCCACCAAGGCCUUGACCACUGCCAUGGCCACCACCACCACCACCACCACCACCACCACCACCACCAAGAGCCCCCAGAGGACGUUCGCAGUGGUGACCACCCCUCACCCCAGAAGGCUGAGCACCACCAAGGCCAGCGUCAGUCUAGGGGAGACUGUCAAACCACCAAAGCCAUAUGGAGACACAUCAGGUCUGGCAGUUCACCAGAUUAUUACAAUCACUGUGUCUCUCAUUAUGGUCAUCGCAGCCUUGAUAACUACACUUGUCCUUAAAAACUGCUGUGCACAGUCGGGGAAUGGCCGUCACAGUAGCCAUCAGCGGAAGAUCCACCAGCAGGAGGAGAGCUGUCAGAACCUGACCGACUUCACGCCCGCCCGCGUGCCCAGCAAGGUGGACAUCUUCACCGCCUACAACGACAGCCUGCAGUGCUCGCACGAGUGUGUGCGCACCGCCGUGCCCGUCUACACGGACGAGAUGAUCCAGCAGACCCCUAUAUACAAGACCACCUACAAUGGAAAUAGACCUUCUCCCACUGAAAGGCAGCUGAUUCCUGUGGCCUUUGUGUCAGAGAAGUGGUUUGAGAUCUCCUGCUGACCAGCUGAAGUCUUUUUUACGUCACGUAGGUGGAAUAGACUUCCUGAAUUUAUGCUCUGGACACUUUGGUAAACUUUUCCAACCAAGAGAAAGAAGUGACUCAAACAAUGGCCAAUUUUGUAAGAUAGUGGGAACUCUCUCUCUCUGGACACUGAUGKAGAUAUUUAUUUUUCUAAAAAUUAUGACAAACCGAGCAGCCAUACCGCUGCCACUUCAUAUUAUUAUCCAGAGACCUGUGGUAGUUUAGAUAUGUAGUUAGAGUUAAUGUGUAGCUAUAUUACUGGAUGUGCAGGAAAAGACCAUUGACGUCAGCGACACCUUGAAGAAGACUAGCUGCCUUGGAGAGCUAGGAGACUCUGAGACGCUGCUCACAGUGGAAGAAGCUGAGCUGUAUUACUGAACAAUGUGCCAAUAAUGCCACUAUGUGCCACAAUCUGUACAGAAYGAACUUUCGACAACAAUUUAUGGACAACUAAAAUAUUGCUAUAUUGACUCUGUAUCAACCCAACUCCAUCUUUUUUUAAAGAAAAGUGAAGAAAAAAAAUGUUAUAAGUAUUUGAAUAUCUUUUCUGAUGUAGUUUUAAGAAUUGUGUUGCAAAGUCCCAAAAAUGUUUAUUAUAUGAAGCACUAUUCAUUGAGGCCAAGAAAAAAAAAAGAAUAAUGGUAAAUGCUUUAUCCAACACUUACAUUUAAGGCAUUGUUUAAGGUCCCAUUUUAAAACCAGAGUAGUCUGUCUAUUUUUAUACAUAAAAAGAGGUCAGUCUCAACCCAAGCAGUGCAGUUCCCAUGCCACACGAUGUUUGGACUGUUAAUGACGUGCCGCUGUCCAAUCAGAUAUUAAAGCAAAGGGGAUAAUUUCAAUACACUUAUCGAAUCCAAGCCCAGAUUAAUUCCCCAUUCGGUAUGACCUAUUUCUCAGUUGUUUUUGAUUGUGCUUACUACAUUUCUUCAAAACUUCUGUCUCGAUGGCUGUCGAACAGUGCAUACCCUAUAUCCUGUUGUGGUCAGUUCAAUCUGAAUGGUUAUGGUUAUCCAGAUAGCUAAGGCAAAUCGAGAGGAUUAGCAGUAUGUUUACAUAUAUACUGCCUCAGGUCAUGUUUAAUAUGUAAGUCUUCAUUUCAUCUUCCAUCCCAAGCAUUAUUCACAAGUGAUAAGACAUGAUAAGUUACUAUGAGUGGAGGUAGGAUAUGAGCAGUACCGCACAAGGGUGUAAAUUUAGAAUUAACUUGUAAGAAUAUAAUUAUUCAAACUCGACAAUUACGGUUAGUGAGAAAUAUUGAAUAUCUCCUCUCAACUACAGUGCAUUCGGAAAGUGUACAGACCCCUUCACUUUUUCCACAUUUUGUUAUGUUAC